AUGGGACUCCGCAAAGCGCUCAUUCAAGAAUCAAUUCGUCGAGUUACGGCACCCAGUCUGAUCGAAGAAUUGAAGGAUUUGCUAUCGAAAAAACGCGCCUACAUAGUUCCUUUGAUAUACAUCGUGUCCGCAUUGUCGAUAGGGUCUUCAUAUUAUGAUAUGAUAAAUGGAAGCUACAACCGAUCCAAAAAAACUCUUUCUAUAAUUGAUGUGUUCAUGGAUCCUCAUGCUAUGCUUGUGGAUGGUCUACACGCAUACCAACAACCGUAUUACCAGCAAAUUGCAUUCUUAGAAUUGUGGCGUAUAUCUAAUUUUGAUCACAACCGACGUAAAGCAAUAUACGCAGAUUUUAAUCGCAAAGUACCGUUCAACUGCGCGUCACACAAUAAUCCCACCUCCGCAUGGGCCGAGAUUUCACGUGUGUGCAUGGACUUCAUAUUGGGGCUUGCUCGAUCUGCACAGGAUGGGAUUAAGGCACAACAACAAAGAAAAGUAAUGCUGAGGAAUAAAUACGAGUUGUUUAAAAAGCUCAUUGAGGCUAGUCGUAAGCAAAAGCAUCAAGUAAAAAAGGCAAAGAAGAGUCUCGAGGUCGGGGUAACUGCCGAGACCAUGACAAAAGAUCGUGAAUAUUGGGAGAUGAAAUCACUAGAGUGGUUUCAUCCGACGGCGGGAAGUUAUCCUUUAUUUGUGAGAAAGGUGUAUUGUUACAUCGCGGUUCCAUUCUUGAAAAGAUCUGUUGAGCGGCGGACGAGAGAUUUGUUGACACAUUUACUGACGCCAGAUUCUGCAGCUUUAGCAACGUUAACUAGAAAGUCGUUGAGUGAAGACGAACAUGGAAUAGUGCAGAAUGAUAUUUCCAACGUCUUCGGGGCAAUUAUUGAUUGUUUGUUGUCAUUAGAAAGAUAUGCCGAAGAACCUCCUUUGGAUGAUUGGGACAUGGGUGAUCCUUUUUCACCGACAUCCUCAAAAGUUUUAGCGGACCCGUUAAUCGUUAUAAAUGCACUUGGACAAGAAAUAAGUUAUACAGAAGGAACUAGGGUGGAAACGACGAAUGCGACGGAACGCGAGGACGAGGAUGAAUCAGCUGAACGUGUCUCGGACUUGAUAUACGAUCCGAAUAGAGCUCAAAGCGACGAAACGUUGUUAAACGCCCAGAAUCAAAUCUUGCAGACGAUUGCCAACUACAAGCAACCGAGUCCAAACAGAGCUGUUACUGGAUUAUCCUCGCAAUAUCUUUUUGGCUACCCAUUGUGGGCAUUACGCACUAGGCAUCAAAGCGGUCUCCAUGAUACACCGCAACAAGACACAUUACUUGCAUACUGGAAAUAUCUUCUUCAUACCGGAAAGCGCAAAGGCUUUGAUCACCUAUGGAAUGGUUUCAUUACAAGGAUAGCCUGUCAAACUUUAAUGGUGAUGUACGAAUCGAGCCUUGAGAUUGCCUAUGAUCGAAUCGCUGAACGUCAAAACAGAAAAUCAGCAAGGAUGACCACUUACAUCGUGUUGAAGGG